AUGGCAACGCAACUCGCCGCCGGCCUGCAAAAGGCCCAGCAAGCAGUGCAGGACACUGCCACCAAGAACAAGAAGGCCGUCGACAUCGCCCAGGAUACCGUCGACGUGCACAGCGGCCAGGAACAGCGGACUGACUUUGGUGUUGCCAUCAGCGACCCAGAGCACUGGCUUCGCGUGACCAACGAGACGCACUCCGGCCCGUCGCUGUUGGAGGACCACAUUGCGCGAGAGCGCAUCCAUCGCUUCGACCAUGAGCGCAUUCCCGAGCGUGUGGUGCACGCCCGGGGAACUGGUGCGUACGGUAACUUUACCCUCAAGGAGAGCAUCGAGGACUUGACGUAUGCGCCUGUUCUCACGGACACCUCGCGCAACACCCCGGUUUUCGUCCGCUUCUCCACGGUCCAAGGGAGCAGGGGAAGCGCCGAUACUGUUCGUGAUGUCCGCGGUUUCGCCGUCAAAAUGUACACCGACGAGGGGAACUGGGAUAUCGUUGGAAACAACAUUCCCGUCUUCUUCAUCCAGGAUGCCAUCAAGUUUCCUGAUAUGGUUCACGCCGUCAAGCCGGAACCUCACAACGAGGUCCCCCAGGCUCAAACCGCCCACAACAACUUCUGGGACUUUGUCUACCUGCACCCCGAAGCCACCCACAUGUUCAUGUGGGCCAUGUCCGACCGCGCCAUCCCCCGCUCCUACCGCAUGAUGCAGGGCUUCGGUGUCAACACUUUCUCUCUGAUCAACAAGGAGGGCAAGCGCCACUUCGUCAAGUUCCACUGGAUCCCCCACCUCGGCGUGCACUCGUUCGUCUGGGACGAGGCCCUCAAGCUCGCCGGGCAGGACCCAGACUUCCACCGCAAAGAUCUGAUGGAGGCUAUCGACAACAAGGCCUACCCCAAGUGGGACUUUGCCAUCCAAGCCAUCCCUGAAGAAGAGCAGGACAACUUCGAGUUCGACAUCUUCGACGCCACCAAGGUCUGGCCCGAGGAGCUCGUCCCCCUGCGCGUCAUCGGCGAGCUCGAGCUGAACCGCAACAUCGAAGAGUUCUUCCCCGAGACCGAGCAGGUCGCCUUCUGCACCUCCCACAUCGUCCCCGGCAUCGACUUCUCCGACGACCCCCUCCUCCAGGGCCGCAACUUUUCCUACCAGGACACCCAGAUCUCCCGCCUCGGCGUCAACUGGGAGGAACUCCCCAUCAACCGCCCCGUCUGCCCCUUCCUCAACCACAACCGCGACGGCGCCAUGCGCCACCGCAUCACGAAAGGCAGCGUCAACUACUGGCCCAACCGCUACGAAGCCAACCCCCCAGCAAGCGACAAGGGCUUCAAGUCGCACCCGGCCCCGAUAACCGGGCGCAAGCGCCGCGACCUGACCCCCAAGUUCAAAGAACACCACAACCAAGCCCAGCUCUUCUACAACUCGCUGUCCGAAGUCGAGAAGAACCACGUCAAGAAAGCCUUCGGCUUCGAGCUCGACCACUGCGACGACCCAAUCGUCUACGAGCGCCUAGCAGGCACCCGCCUCGCCGAAAUCGACCUCCCCCUCGCGCAACAGGUCGCCGAGAUCGUGGGCGCCCCUAUCCCAACCAAAGCCCUGCGUCCGAACCACGGCAAGACCUCCGUCCGCCUGUCGCAGUUCGAUUUCCCGCCCAAGGUUCCGGGGAUCAUGUCCCGCCGCAUCGCGAUCAUCAUCGGCGACGGCUACGACAAGAUCGCCUUCCAGGGCAUGAAAGCCGCGAUUCUCGCGGCGCAGGCCCUCCCCUUCGUCAUCGGCACCAAGCGCUCGCCCAUCUACGCUGAUGGCGAGGAUAAGAAUAGUUCCAAGGGCGUGAUCGCAGACCACCAAUACGACGGGCAGCGGUCCACCAUGUUCGACGCGACUUUCAUCCCCGGCGGAUCGCACAUCAAGACGCUGCAAAAGAACGGACAGAUCCGGUACUGGAUCGCCGAGACUUUCGGGCACCUUAAGGCGCUUGGGGCGAUGGGUGAAGCCGCGCAGCUGGUCAAGGAGGUUCUGGGCAAUGUUAUUGGUGUUGAGGUUGCUGGUGCGGACUCCAAGGAGCCGGUUGAGUGGUAUGGUGUUGUUACGGCGAGGGGACCCGAGAGCGCGGAGAGUAUCAGUGAGGGAUUCAAGAUCCUUAAGGACGCCGGCGACUUCACGGGCAAGUUCUUCUACCAGGUUAGCCAGCAUCGGAACUGGAAGCGGGAGCUUGAUGGGUUGGCUUCGACGGUUGCGUUUUAG